UCACAGGAUAUGCGAGGUCUGCCGCUCUCGGAUUCCUUUGCCUUGUAUGGCUAAAGGCUCCAGACGCUCCCGACUGCUGGAUUUUGACCUUAUUGGCCGGAUCAGGAACAGGGAGGUGUGGAGACAAGAGCUGAAAAACUAAACAAACUUUCCUUCACCCUGACAGAGGAACCAGCACAGACAGAUUCCCAACCUGAUUCUACAUAGAUACAAGAACCAAACCCUGUCGCCAACAUGUCUGCUGCCAAACGUGCCAAAGGAAAGACCACGAAGAAGCGCCCGCAGAGGGCCACGUCCAAUGUGUUUGCCAUGUUUGACCAAUCACAGAUCCAGGAGUUUAAAGAAGCCUUUAAUAUGAUCGAUCAGAACAGAGACGGCUUCAUUGAUAAAGAGGAUCUUCAUGAUAUGCUGGCAUCUCUUGGUAAAAAUCCUUCUGAUGAGUAUCUGGAGGGUAUGAUGAGUGAAGCACCAGGACCCAUUAACUUCACCAUGUUCCUCACCAUGUUUGGAGAACGUCUGAAUGGAACGGACCCUGAGGACGUCAUACGCAACGCCUUCACGUGUUUCGAUGAAGAAGCCUCUGGUUUCAUCCAUGAAGAUCAUCUCCGUGAACUACUGACCACCAUGGGAGAUCGUUUCACGGAUGAAGAAGUGGAUGAGCUUUUCCGUGAGGCACCAAUCGACAAGAAAGGAAACUUCAACUAUGUAGAGUUUACUCGCAUACUCAAACAUGGCGCCAAAGACAAAGAUGACAUGUAAAAAACUGAAUUCAUGAUAUAUCAUAUCUAGUGAGAUUGAUCACUGAUUCAAGAACAGUAUUUAGUGAAAGUAGGCUAAUUAUUUAUACCUUACAUCUUACCAGGUUCAGACCAAAACAAGAUACAGAUUAUAUAUCUAUACACUGUAAAAAAAUAUUUGUUGGUUCAACUUAAAAAGUUAGUAACUCAAAAAAGUUGUGUACAAAUUUCGUGUCAAUAUGUCAAAUCAACAUAUAUAUUUUUGUUUACUUUAACUUAAAAUUUUAAAUUGAUUUUAUAAGUCAAAACUUAAAAUAGUAGGUUGGAUCGACUUGCAAAAACCAAGUUGUUUUAAAUUCAUGCUGCAUUUUUUUUACAGUGUAUAAAGUUUAAAACACUUUUUUUUGUUGAACUUUUUAUAGUUUAAUAUCACAAUAUAUAUAAUUACAGUAUAAUAAAAAAAUCACUGUUUAACUACUGUUUAAGAUAUUUAUCACUUCAUAAUGUCUCACAUAUUACAAACUCUGUACACUACAUUAUAUAUAGUUUUACAUUGAAAGAGAGUCAAAAGCCGUAUCGAGCAUCCAUAAUAUCUCAAAUCUAAAAUUAUACAUUUCUCUGGCCAAAAAUAUAUUUUAAAUAUAUGCUAAAUACAUUUUGAAGAAAGUAAAGCUUAAUUCAAUAUAUUUUUUGAAUUUGAAAAUAUUUUUAGUUUUAAACUUUAUAUAACAAAAUAUAUUUCAAAAUUUCAGGGCAACAAAUGCAUUUCUAAUUUAACAACCCAUACGGCAAAAAUAUAUUUGUCUUACCAAAAUAUAAAAGUUUAUAAAGUAUGUAUAAAAUAUUAAAUAUUUUUUGCAGUUGAAAAUAUACAGAAUUUUUACCAUUACAAAAUUUUCUCUCAAUGGAUGUGAAUAUAAAUGCUUAAAUAUAUAUAUAUAUAUAUUUUAAUAUUUACAUUUAGACAUUUACAUUUGCAACGCAAAAAAUCAUGGGUUUGAACCCAGGGAACACAAAAUGUAUGGCUUGUAAUGCACCGUAAGUUGCUUUGGAUAAAAGUUUCUGCCAAAUGCAUAAAUAAUAAUAUAUUGGUGAAAAUUACAUAUUUGCAAACAUAUUUUAAAAUACAUUUUAGCAUUCAGCCAUUUUUGUGUAUCUUUUAAUAAAAUUACAUUUAAAAAUAUAUUUUCGUUGUAAAUGGUAAAGUGACCUAAUUUCCUCAGGAUUAUUUUGCUGGUAUUGAAAAAAAUGUGUACAUUUCAAAAUAUGUAUUUCAAACAUUUGAACAUUUUGUUUUACAAAACGAACCUCUGGUUAUACAAGCAUCAUUUUACAAUAAAUGUUUUUUUUCCAGUG